AUGAUUGAUUCCAGCCUGGGAGCGACCUCGCCCAGGAAGGCGGUCCGGGCGACAGACUGCGGCUGGGCGGUGAUGGAGGUCGCAAAGAGCGGCGGCAGGCAGUCGGUGGAGAAGCUCAAAAGUCUUCUCGAAACCGGCGGAGACGUCAGCCUGUCUCAGCGGGACUCCCGCGGCAGGACAGUGAUGCACCACGCGGUGGCGAACCCAGGCGCGCUGCAGUUUCUACUAGAGAGCGGGAAAACAACGGAUCUACUGGAGGCUCCAGACGAAGACGGCUGCACUGCUCUUCAUCUAGCCGCUGAAGGAGGCUUUACCGAUAGUGUGUCCCUCCUCCUGGCAGCCGGAGCCAAUCGCGAGGCCGCUGACAGGGUGGGACAGACAGCGCUGCACAAGUCGGCUGGGAAGGGGCAUGACAACGUCGUGGAAACCAUUCUGUCGUUUGGAGGCACGACGGAGGACGACACCGGGGACACUGAUGACGUCACAAGACGUCUCGUCAACGCCCUGGACAGACAGGGGAGGAAACCCCUCCACAUGGGAGCGGAGAGGGGUCAUGAGAAGAUAGUCCGCUUCUUGUUGGAGAAGAACACGUCUAUCAACAAAACCAUAGACGGCCGAAGCCCGCUUCACCUGGCGACAGAGAGCGGCAGUGCAGAGACCGUCGAAACCCUGAUUGCUGCUCACAGACAGUCCCUAACUUGGACAGACAAGCAAGGCGACACGCCUCUGCACGCCGCUGCCAGGAGGAACCACGCCCACCUCAUCCCCCUCCUCCUUAAAGAAAAGGAAGGUCUGGCCAGUAAGGAGAACGCCCAGGGGCUGAACGCCUUGGACGUCGCCAUCGACGAACGGUCUAAAGACGCGGCGGCAGAGAUGGGGAAGCACAAACUGUGGGACACGUUCCUGACUUACCCACAAACGAAACGGGGAAAAGACCAGAAGCCCCAGAUGUACCGGAUGAUCAAGGACAUGCCUGAUGCAGCUAUGAGCUUCAUUGAUCGCAUGGUGGUCGAACACAAGGAGGAUUCUGAAGACAACAGUGACGCGGGAAGGGUGUGGAAGUACGACUUCAUGUACCUGUACACACGGGACCCGCGAGAUUCUCCGUUAGAGGCUAUGAUCUGGUACAAGCGAUGGCAGUGUCUGGAGCAUCAUGUGGUGGUGAAGUUUCUCAAGUGUAACUGGCAGAGGUUUGGAGUGUACACCUUUAUGGCCUACCUGCUGCUGUAUAUGAUCUUCAUGGCGAUCCUCACGGCUACCGUGGCCAUCGAUGCGUCAGACACGACGUAUUUCGAGACGCACCCUUCUCUGACGGUCACGUUCGACGGAACCUGUCACAUUGUCUGUUUCAAUACGAUCGCCGUCCUGCUGAUGAGUAUGGGAUACAUGGUCAAGGAAAUGUAUCAGAUCUACCAGAAGAGACUGCACUACCUAGGCUGGAGGAACGUUCUCCAGUGGGUCCUGUACCUGAGCGCCUUCCUGUACAGCCUCCCCGUGUCCACUCCGCUGGACAGCUGGAAGACCGAGGCAGCCACGGUCGCUACCAUGUUCGGUUGGCUCAACUUCGCCAUGUAUCUUCAAAGGGUGCCAGUGUUUGAGACCGAUGUGUACAUCUACAUCCUGCUGAUCGGGAGGAUCUUUAAGUCCCUGCGGAGGGUGAUCCUGGUGUUCCUGUUGUACACGCUGGCCUUCGCCACGUGCUUCUACUACGUCGCCUCGAAGGCUGACCUGCCAGACUCCACGGCUGCUGGUUUCUCCGGGUUUACCUCCUUCUCUCACUCGUUCUUCACGACCCUGGGGAUGGUGAUGGGAGAACUCAACAUCCAGUUCUUCCUGGACAGACAGAAGCACUCCGGAGUCACCCGGGUCCUCAUCGUCUUCUUCAUCUUCCUCAUGAACAUUGUCAUCGUCAAUCUUCUGAUCGCCUUGACUUUGGACGCUGUAGACAUCCGUGACGUCAGAGCCAGAGCUGCAUUCAAUCGGCGAAUCCACCAGGCAGAACACAUGCUGGACAAGGCGUCCGGGUUCUGGUCAGCCUUUGCUGACCGCGCCAGAGUGCUGACAUGGAUGGACACCAACCAACCCUCCUGUAUGGACAAGACGAGACAGUUUUUGGACAUAGCCGAUGAUGAAGGACAGAUGGAAGGAAUUGAGCAAAGCCCCUCGGGAGAACAAGAGGACGUCCGGCGGAGGUUGGAGGACUUGGAGGCCGCUCUGAAGGCCGUCUCAGUACAGCUGACGUCUAUGGGGGAGAUGCUGGCCCAGCAGACUAAAGCGCCACCUGUUGUAAAGUCUGAGUAGUGCACGAAAUAGUGAGAGAUACUAGUACAUGUGUAGUGUAGUUAAAAGUAGCACACGUCAAAAAUCAACACAGGAAAUAGAUUUAUUUCUAGUACAGGGGUGCCAGAGUAUACAGUACAAUUUUACGGAAUACAG